AUGGCGUAUUUGCGCAAUGCAGAUUGGAAAGAAGAUGAAGCUCUAAAGGCCGAUUUACAAAAGCAUGUUAGGGAAGAUCUUAGGAGAACAGAAAUUUUGGAUUUCGUAAAAAGAGAUUUCCCGCAUUAUGCUUGGAGUUUAUCGUCGUUGGACCGCCGAAUGCGGUAUUUUGAGAUACAUUAUACUGACAAGGAGGUUACAAUUGAGCAAGUCAGGGCUGCUGUCAAAAAAGAAGUAGACGGACCAGGAAAGUUACUCGGAUACAGGGCCAUGCAAAAGACGCUGAGACAAACUCAUGAGCUGAAAGUUCCAAGAGACUUAGUUUAUGCCGUUAUGCAAGAUGUGGACCCAGAAGGCUUACAAGCCAGAGGAGGGGUUGGGAACACAAAACAAAAGAAAAAAGGGAAAUACACCACAAAAGGCCCCAAUUUUGUUCUUUCGCUUGACGGGCAUGACAAGUUGAUGGGCUACCAAAAUAGUACAUUUCCUCUUGCAAUUUAUGGGUGUAUAGAUACAGCUAGUAGGAAAAUUUUAUGGCUUAAAAUUUGGGUUAGCAACUCCGACCCUCAACGAAUUGGCUAUUGGUAUUUGGAGUACCUUUUUGAAAGUAGGCUUUUGCCUCGGUACUUAAGAAUAGACAAGGGAACAGAAACUGGGACAAUGGCAACAAUGCAUGUCUAUUUACAUCAGGUACUUGGUACACCUGACUAUUCUGACACUGUCAUAUAUGGCCCAUCUACAUCAAAUCAGAUCGAAAGAUGGUGGAGGGAAUUACAUGAGAGACUAGAAAAAUACUUCAAAGACCAUCUAAGAUGGCUGAAAGACCAAAAUCAUUAUAAUCCCAAUGAUGAAACUGACAGGAUGUUGCUCUCGUUCCUCUUCAUUCCAAUAAUGCAACGUGAACUUGAUAAAUUUAAAGACACUGUUUGGAACAGUCAUAGGAUAAGGCAGCAAAAGGAUACCAAUCUACCAGGUGGCGUGCCUAACCACAUCUAUCAAUUUCCUGGCCAAUACGAAUUGGAGGAUUGUGGCUACCAGGUUACAGAAGAACAGUUGCAAGAGGUUGCAGAACAGUCACAAGUACUUCAGGCAGACAAGGAUUUCUUAUCUGAGGAAUUUAGGGCAGCCUGUCUAGAAAUUAUUCCAUUUCCGGAAUUAGUAGAGCCAAGAGAGUGCUCAGAUGCUUUUGUGUACCUUAAAACAAACAUUAAUAUUUCAGCCACUGUUAAUAGCCGAAUGUGA